AUGACUUUCAAGGUUUGGCAGGCUGUCGGGAAAAUUAUGUGGAUUUGUCGCGGUAAACUGUCUCGCCUCAUCGCUACCGCACAUCAAAUCCCAGCUGCGGCUAGCCGUCGCAAAGCGAUGAUGGGCGAUUUCAAGGUGCGACGAAUCCACAUUAUUUUCCCGACAGACUGCUUAAACCUCAAAGACAUAUCUAGUUAGUAUUUUACAAAUCUUUCUCAAAUUCUUAUUUUCAGCGCUCCACUAUGGACAAUGACAUUACCGUCAACAAUUUCGAUGGGUUUCUUCCCCGGGUCCUCGACAGAAUGGGCCUUGUGGGCGAUGGAAACUUGGCCUACGUCCUUUUCGUCGAACUCGCCCUUCAAUACAACAUGUUGGGCUAUUGUUUUGUGCCCUUCACUUACCGCUACUUUCAUAUGGUGUGGAAAAUCAGGUUUACAAAUUCAGCGUUUGCUUUACUGGUGCUGGUUUACAUAACUCCAAUGACCCUUUUCUCGUUUAUAAUGGCGUAUUUGGCGGGGAAUACGUACUUCAAGAUGACGCAGUUGGUGUCUGCUCCGGAUCCGAAUUGCAUGAGAAAUUUACCAUACUACGACAACAUGAAAUAUCCGGCUGAGGUGAGAAGAACAAAAAAAAUUUAGGCUGAUAUAACGGCAAUCCUCACAAAUUGUUAUGCAUGCUCACUCCUUUCAGCCCUACGCUGCCAUCUUCUCGUCCGCUGUGAUCCCACUUCUCUGGACAAUGGUAGCUCCAUUAUUUCAAGUCUUUUUCAUCUGGCGAAUCUACACAUACUUGAACAACGAUGUGCGAAAAUCCGACUUCUACCGCAAAAUGCAACGGCAAAUCACACGGACGUUGACGGCACAGUCUGUAAUUCCUCUCAUCUUCAUCGCCAUUCCACUAUUUUUCGUGGCCUUCGCCUUGGGCUACGACUUCACCAAGGACUUGUCGCUUCGCGUUUUUUACACUUCUUUGGCCAUAGUUCCGCUGGCCAAUCCGCUGUCGACAAUCCUGCUGGUCAAGAACUUCCGACUGACUGUAACGGACGCAAUAACGGCCACUCAGCAAAGGAUGGGGAGUACGAUGAUGAUGAGUACGGGUAGUGGUGUGGUCAGACGUGUGAGUGUAAAGCAAAGAGGCUGGCCGAGAAAUGGCUUGGAUGGACGGAGAAGCUACGGGAGCGGUUAGUAAUCGACGAUGCGCCAUAGCAAUUUCCUCUUUUCCGUAGAGCUUUAAAAAAGUUACUAACAAUAAGGCAUGGAAACUGUUGUUGUAUAAUGCUGAUAAAUUUGUUUUAAAAAACUCCUAAAAGUAUUGGAGUAUUGGCAUGUCUGCGCGGCGUGUUUGAUCGCGAGAUUGUGAAAUCUUCAUUGUUCGUGUUUGCUAUCCACAAAAAGCUCUUUUUAUUGUCCGAUACAAAGAAUUGCUUCAGAACAGGUGAAUUUUCACUUCUCGCGGGAUCAACUUUAUGGUAUCCGCUUCAGAAGUCGGCAAAAAAAUGAAAAUGGAAGGAGGGACCAAGGUAUUCGUCGGAUACCUUCUGUCGGUAUUCAGGUCGAUAUAUGACUUCGGGCCAGGCCGGUCCGUCCGCUUCAAAUUUGGCCCGAUAGUUUUCAGACUCCAGCCAUUGUAUUCUGGUAUUAUCAAAAAACACCAUUUUGAAGGCGGUUGAGCCUAUUCUUUGUAGCGACAAAUCAUUUUUGGCUCUACUACUCCUACUACUUCUUGCUGAAUCUUGUCAGAUUCUACCGAAACUAGUUUCAAUCAUGUUUCAACUCGAUGUAAUUUCUCAAGUCAGAGAGAGAGACACAGCGGACCCAAAUUGACUUAUAAAGACAUAUAACGACUUAUAUGAACAGAUAAUGACUUAUAAGUCAAAAUAACGUCAAAAGAAGAGGGGCUUAUUUCUCUUUACUUAUAAAAACAAAUAAGAACUUAUAAUAACAAAUAAGUUCUUUGCAAAGAAAACUUUUGAGCGCCAAAUACGCUUUUUGCUUUGUGCACGCGUGAGCUGGACUUGUGAAAUUCUAAGUUUUUGGAACGUCGCGACGUAUUUUUACCUUGGAUCGAUCAAAGUAAGAUGCUUUUAAUCAGCCUUUUUUUUGUUUUGCAAGAGUUUAGAGUGUUUAGAUGAAAAGUCCCGAACGUAAUAGCCUUCCCGUGCAGGGAGCAUGCCAGCCUGAAGAAGAUCCAUCCCCAGAAGAUGUAUAAACAUGCACGAUCAACCAACGGAUUGCUAAAGGAUCCAUUUGCUCAAUUCUGGUAGGUGUUUUUUAACUGUUUUCCACAUUUCAGAGGUCUCGAAAAAACUUCAAGACAAAGUUUUGUUAUAUUGUACUAGGUCCAGGUGAACCCGUUGGGUUUUAAAUAACUGCAAAAAUGGUCAUGGAGGAAUCCAAUGGACAAUGUAUACACGAUGAAUAGAAAGAUGACAUCCGGUAGCUUCAGGUAUGGUUGAUAACAUUCACCUGGACCUAGUACAAUAUCGCAAAUUUCAUGUCUAAAAAUUUUUCCGCCAGAAACCUUUUAGGCAGUUCAAAUUCAUCUGUUUUACUGUUAGUAUGUAACGCAUAAAAAAUUGAGUUUAAGCCGAACUCAUAUUAUAGUUUCCCGAAAAAACUUUUUUCUAAUAUCUCCAAAUAUUUUCAGUGAAACCAGAAGCAUUAGAAGCAAUAAUAUACAUCUACGGCCGCCUACAGAAGCGACGAACGCCCCAUCAAAAAAUCUCAGGUCCUUCGUGCAUUGA